CCAAAAAAAAACAAAAAAGAAUGAGCAAAAUGAAAAUUGUGAGGAGCUCAUCCAUAAGCUGUGGCCAUUUCUCAACCUCAUCAAAUCUCUUUACAGAACAUGGUUCUGUAACCAGAUAACAUCUCACAACAUAAACUCUCUUCUUCUUUUUUCACAUUUUUCAGACAAGAAAAAAAAUGGCUGCAGCAUUCUCUUACACUGCAUGUCCUAAGUUUUCUCUAUUACAACCUCCCAUGGCUGCUCAAAUCCGACCAAUUAGAAUAUCACAAAAGACUUUCGUGGUGACAAACCCUGAGCAAGACAACACACUCCAGGAACAAGGAAUAGAUACAAUCAAAGAAGAGCAACCAGCAGAGCAGCAGAUGAAGAAGCAGCCAACGCCAUUGAGACCAGUGGAGAAACAGACUAAUGUGAAGAGCACAGGCUUGCCAAGAGAGUUCGGUGGUGAGUGGCUAAGCAGUGUGACACGCCACGUCAGGAUAUACGCUGCUUAUAUCGAUCCAGAGACUUGUGAGUUUGACCAGACGCAGCUGGAUAAACUCACUUUGAUUCUUGAUCCAACUGAAGAGUUUGUGUGGGAAGAUGAAAGCUGUAACAAGGUUUACUCUUAUUUUCAAGAACUAGUCGAUCACUAUGAGGGAGCACCAUUGACAGAGUAUACACUAAGGUUGAUAGGAUCAGACGUAGAGCAUUACAUAAGGAAGAUGUUGUUUGAUGGAGAGAUACAAUACAACAUGGAUGCAAGAGUUCUUAAUUUCAGUAUGGGCAAGCCUCGUGUUCAAUUCAACACCAGCAACAUUGAAGGUGGUGGAGACGACCAGCCUCAAGAAGAUGCAUAGUGAAAACAACUCUAUACCAAAACUAUGGAGAAAGAAGAGAGAUAUCAAAACAAUGUGAUCUUUUGUAUAUGGGUUUAUGAAAUGCUUUUUCAUUUUCUCAUGCUACAAGUAACAUAUGUAUAUACAUAUAUUAUGAUCUGGUCAUAUGCUAUGGUUUAACUUUUAAUUAUCA